AUGGCUCCACCGUUGCAGAUGAUAAAUGCACGUAGCUGCCUGACAUGUCGCCGAAGAAAGGUGCGUUGCACUCGUCAGCAACCGUGCAUGUAUUGCGAUAAGACAGGUAGCCAAUGUGUUUUCCCGGAGACAACGAAGAAGACUCGUCAGCGGAAGCCGACAGCACGUGAGGAAGUCCAAAACAGAUUGGAACAACUCGAACGUAUUGUCAAAGGUAUUCUUGAAAAGCGCAAAGAUGCAAAUAAACGAGAGAAUACUUCUCGAACGAUUGACGUAGCUAGAGCGGCACCUGACGUGGCUAUUCAAGGCAGUGACCCGAACGUACCUACUAUCCACCAAUAUAUCGGCCAGCAUCUGAACUUCCAACUGGACGAACAUUACGCCAAUGAGAGCGCGUCGAACCCGAAUCAGCUGGAUCAAAUAUCACCUCAGCUAUCCGGAGACGGCAUAUUGCCCUUCCCUCAAUCUUCCUCGCAGGUAGACGGUUGGGCCUUCAAAGGUCCAUCGCUUGUUGUGCAAAUGUCAAAGACUGCUUAUCCGCUACUUGACUGGUCGCCCAUCCUCUGGGAUGUCUAUGCAGACCACGUCGCGCCACUCUUCCCUCUUCUCCAUAGGCCAACCACUAGGAGUAUGGUCUUGCGGGGGAUACAAUACUCAACGCCUACUGCCCCAGAGGACACGGCGUUGGUGCUCGCAAUAUACUUUGUUGCUGUGGUUAGCAUGUCCUCUACGCAAUGCGACAUGCUACUUGGAGAAAGCCGUGACAAUGCGGUGUGGUACCUGAAGGGUGCAGUAAAACAGGCUCUAUCAGACGCGAGGUUUCUCAGUAAUACUAGUCUCACAUGUAUGCAAGCUUUGGUGCUGUUCUUGGUCGGAAUGUAUGCGGAGAACGAACAGCGGCUUGUAUGGUCUAUGACAGCUCUUGUCGUACGUCUUGCUCAAGGUAUGAACCUGCAUAGAGAUGGAGCUCACUUGGGACUGGCCCCAUUCGACACUGAAAUCCGUCGUCGUUUAUGGUGGACGAUAUGCUUGUUGGAUGUUCGUUCCUGUGAGGAUAAUGGAACAGAGCCUAUAAUUAACGAAGAGAUGUAUGAUGUGCGACUCCCGUUGAACGUCAGUGAUGACGACGUAUACCCGGGCAUGCAGGCACUUCCACUAGAGCGAACAGGAGGAACAGAGAUGACAUUCUCUUUACUACGCUUCGAGGCAAUCGCUAUCGUUCGGAAAGUAAAUUCUACAACUGUGUCCUCUAUCGAAGGUAGUAAGGAAGAUUCGGCUAGAGACUACCUUUCUGAAGUCAAGAAAGCCCAUCAGCAUCUGAACGAAAUGUACCUCAAGCAUUGCCAGUUUAGCGGCGUACCAUCCCGCAGUUCACUGUGCCAACAGAUCCAGCAGGCCCCCAUUUGUGAGGGAUAA